GGAUGCUGGCUGCUGCCGCCUCUGCUGCUGCCGCUCCUCACGCCGCUCCCACCGCCUGCCGCUGCCGCUUCCCAGGGCUGCGGAGCAUGGACUGUUAAAUCUUGCCCUUCUUCCGUGUGAGGAUCCUUCCGCAUUCUCAAUGACAAGAACAGCAAAAGCCUCGUCCAUCUGCUCAUGAUUUUCGCUCCCAUCGCUUGAAUCCUAUUCCUGGGCUGCUGGGUCUUCCAUCCGUGCUCGUCUGCGCCCCCUUCAGUCCGCUGGCCAGCAUUAUCCCGAGUCCUGUGAAUCUGAAUCCUUGCCGCCAGGAUGGGGAAACAGAACAGCAAGCUGCGCCCGGAGGUCAUGCAGGACUUGCUGGAGAGCACGGACUUCACGGAGCACGAGAUCCAGGAGUGGUACAAAGGCUUCUUGAGAGACUGCCCCAGCGGACAUUUGUCGAUGGAAGAGUUUAAGAAAAUUUACGGGAACUUUUUCCCUUACGGGGAUGCUUCCAAGUUUGCAGAGCACGUCUUCCGCACCUUCGAUGCCAAUGGAGAUGGGACAAUAGACUUUAGAGAAUUCAUCAUAGCCCUGAGUGUGACAUCGAGGGGCAAGCUGGAGCAGAAGCUGAAAUGGGCCUUCAGCAUGUAUGACCUGGAUGGAAACGGUUACAUCAGCAAGGCAGAAAUGCUAGAGAUUGUGCAGGCGAUCUACAAGAUGGUCUCCUCCGUCAUGAAGAUGCCUGAAGAUGAGUCAACCCCAGAGAAAAGGACGGAAAAGAUCUUCCGCCAGAUGGACACCAACAGAGAUGGCAAACUCUCCCUGGAAGAGUUCAUCCGAGGGGCCAAGAGCGACCCGUCCAUCGUGCGCCUCCUGCAGUGCGACCCCAGCAGCGCCGGCCAGUUCUGAGCCUGCGCCCACGCAUCGUAGAGCUGCUUGUGUU